AUGUUGCAAAUAUUAGGUGUUUCAGCUUUUAGGCUCACCAUACACACCUAUACUUCUAAAAGUCAUUAUUUCUUCAGAAGUUUGACUUCACCAAGAUCAAUAUUCUAUUUUCCAAAUAUUUCAUUCCACCAAUGUUCAUUUUGUCGUAAUUUAGUGCCAUUGACAGUUAAACUUAGUCUUCGGAUCCAUAAUAACAGUACAAUUAAAUCACAAUCCUUCCCAUUGAAUCAGAUUUUUAUCUCCAAACCACCUUUUGCUUUCCAUAGAACUUUGAUUACAGCUAGUAAAGUGUCACUUCCCUUGAGUUUAUCUGUGGUGGGUCGGACAAUUACGUGCUUUUACUCAUCAGAUACUAUUCCAGUGGACCAAAUAUCAGAUUGUAGUAUAAAUGAUGCUGAUAAGGUGUACAAAACAAUUAUGGAUUACUCUAAGCCUGAGCAUAAAAUGGAGAAAGCGCUUGAAAAAGUUGGCGUAAAAUUGAGUACUUCAUUGGUGGUUGAGGUCCUCCACAGGCUUCGUUUUGAGGAGAAGUUAGCCUUUAGAUUUUUCACAUGGGCAGGGCAUCAAGAGUACUAUAUCCAUGAGCCUCAGACAUAUAAUGAGAUGAUUGACAUAUUAUCCAGUACCAAAUACAAGGUGAAGCAGUUUAGGAUUGUUUGUGAUCUCUUUGACUACAUGAAGAGAAACAACAAGAAAUCCGUUCCUGCUGAAGUUUUGUUAAAUAUUUUGAGGCAGUACACCGAAAAGCAUUUGACCCAUCUCCAAAAAUUUGCCAAGAAGAAGAAGAUAAGGGUGAAGACACAGCCGGAGAUCAAUGCUUUUAAUUUUCUGCUGGAUGCUUUGUGCAAGUGCAGUCUUGUUGAGGACGCCGAAGCCAUGUUUAAGAGGGUAAAAGGCAAGGUCAAACCUGAUGCUAACACAUACAAUAUUUUGUUCUUUGGGUGGUGUAGGGUCAGAAACCCUAGUAGAGGUAUGAGUAUACUUGAAGAUAUGAUCAAGAUGGGGCAUAUACCUGAUAAUUUUACCUACAAUACGGCUAUAGAUACCUUCUGCAAAGCAGGGAUGGUGACAGAGGCUACUAAACUCUUGGAGUUCAUGAAAACCAAAGGUUCGACCAUGUCUUCUCCCACUGCAAAAACUUAUGCAAUCAUGAUUAUGGCACUUGCCCAGAAUGAUAGAAUGCAAGAAUGCCUUAAACUUCUGGGGCAUAUGAUAAACAGUGGUUGCCUCCCUGAUGUGUCAACGUACAAGGAAAUGAUUGAAGGCAUGUGUUUGGCUGGAAAGGUUGAUGCAGCUUACAAAUUUUUGGAAGAAAUGGGUAGUAAAGGUUAUCCUCCUGACAUAGUCACUUACAACUGUUUUCUUAAGGUUCUUUGUGAUGGUAAAAACAGUGAUGAAGCACUUAAGCUUUAUGGGGAAAUGAUUGAAGUGGGUUGUGUGCCCAGUGUACAAACUUUUAACAUGCUAAUCGCAAUGUUCUUUGAGAUGGGUGAUCCUGAUGGGGCCUUUGAGACUUGGGAUGAAAUGGGUAAAAGGGGUUGUGCACGCGAUACUGACACUUACUGUGUGAUGAUUGAAGGGUUAUUUGGUUGCAAUAAUAGGAAGGAUGCUUGUUUUCUUUUGGAAGAAGUUGUAAACAGGGGAAUAAAGUUGCCAUAUCGAAAGUUUGAUUCCUUCUUGAUGGAGCUUUCUGGCAUUGGUGAUCUUCGAGCUAUUCAUAAACUAUCAGAGCAUAUGAGGAAAUUCUACAAUCCUGCUAUGGCACGUCGUUUUGCAUUAAGUCAGAAACGGAAGAGCCUGAGCUUGAGAGGAAAAUAA